GGGGGGGCUGGCCCGGUUUCCUGGCGACGCGGCGCUGCAGGCGGUUACCCUCUUUCUCUUCCCGACGCGUGAGUUAGGCCGUCAUGCCUUGGCUGCUCUCAGCCCCCAAGCUGGUUCCCGCUGUAGCAAACAUCCGCAGUUUCUCAGGAUGUGUGUUGUGUUCACAGCGAAGGUACUCCCUUCAUCCUGUCCCAGAAAGGAGGAUUCCAAACCGAUACUUAGGCCAGCCCAGCCCCUUUACACACCCACACCUCCUCAGACCAGGGGAGGUAACUCCGGGACUAUCUCAGGUGGAAUAUGCACUUCGCAGACACAAACUAAUGUCUCUGAUCCAGAAGGAAGCUCAAGGGCACAGCGGGACAGACCAGACGGUGGUUGUGCUCUCCAACCCUACAUACUACAUGAGCAACGAUAUUCCCUAUAUUUUCCACCAGGACAACAAUUUCCUGUACCUGUGUGGAUUCCAAGAGCCUGAUAGCAUUCUUGUCCUUCAAAGCCUCCCUGGCAAACAGUUACCAUCACACAAAGCCAUUCUUUUUGUGCCUCGGCGAGAUCCCAGUCGAGAACUUUGGGAUGGUCCACGAUCUGGCACUGAUGGAGCAAUAGCUCUAACUGGAGUGGACGAAGCCUAUACGCUAGAAGAAUUUCAACAUCUUCUACCAAAAAUGAAAGCUGAGACAAACAUGGUUUGGUAUGACUGGAUGAGGCCCUCGCAUGCACAGCUUCACUCUGACUAUAUGCAGCCCUUGACUGAGGCCAAAGCCAGGAGCAAGAACAAGGUUCGGGGUGUUCAGCAGCUGAUACAGCGCCUCCGGCUGAUCAAAUCUCCUGCAGAAAUUGAACGAAUGCAGAUUGCUGGGAAGCUGACAUCACAGGCUUUCAUAGAAACCAUGUUUGCCAGUAAAGCCCCUGUGGAAGAAGGCUUUCUUUAUGCUAAGUUUGAAUUUGAAUGCCGGGCUCGUGGUGCAGACAUCUUAGCCUAUCCACCUGUGGUGGCUGGUGGUAAUCGGUCAAACACUUUGCACUAUGUGAAGAAUAAUCAACUCAUCAAGGAUGGGGAAAUGGUGCUUCUGGAUGGAGGUUGUGAGUCUUCCUGCUAUGUGAGUGACAUCACACGUACCUGGCCAGUCAAUGGCAGGUUCACUGCACCUCAGGCAGAACUCUAUGAAGCUGUUCUAGAGAUCCAGAGAGAUUGUUUGGCCCUCUGCUUCCCUGGGACAAGCUUGGAGAACAUCUACAGCAUGAUGCUGACCCUGAUAGGACAGAAGCUUAAAGACUUGGGAAUCAUGAAGAACAUUAAGGAAAAUAAUGUCUUCAAGGCUGCUCGAAAAUACUGCCCUCAUCAUGUUGGCCACUACCUCGGGAUGGAUGUCCAUGACACUCCAGACAUGCCCCGUUCUCUCCCUCUGCAGCCUGGGAUGGUAAUCACAAUUGAGCCAGGCAUUUAUAUUCCAGAGGAUGACAGAGAUGCCCCAGAGAAGUUUCGGGGUCUUGGUGUACGAAUUGAGGAUGAUGUAGUGGUGACUCAGGACUCACCUCUCAUCCUUUCUGCAGAUUGUCCCAAAGAGAUGAAUGACAUUGAACAGAUAUGCAGCCGGGCUUCUUGACCUUCACUGUGGCCCACAUGCACCUCAGGUUCAAGAUGGGUGUAUGCUGGCAGCCCUGCACGUGUGCUUUCUGAGUGUCUCUGUGUAUGCAGUAAUAUAUGUGUUCCAUUUGGGAGCAUAGCAGCUGUGUGAAUGUAUGUAAUCGUGUGUGUGGGUUUUUUUUGUUUUAAGCAGUUAGAAGUCUGGAAAAAUGAAUGUUUGAAUAGUAUGUUACUGCAGCUUUGGUAACAUUAAUUCUAUAGAAUUAAUGACCAGAGCAAUUUUAAUUUUUAAACAUAAAGGUCUUAGUUACAUAUAUCCAUGCAUUCCAGUUAACACAUUUAAACAUACAGAAAUUUCACUUCUUCUUUCAAGUCCUUCCCUUUCUAUACUUUUGCUGAGAUCCACCCAAUAUCAUAAGAAGUUUGUGUGAUCCCUGUAUUUUUAGGUAAUUACCAAGGUCUCUGCCUAUGCGAAAAUUCAUCUGUUGGUGAUUGUGGGUAGCCAAUACAUACCUUCUGUAACUCCUCCCUACCUAUUCUAGAUCCUGCAUAUCUACUGGAGCCAUAUGAGCCCUCAGGGGCACUGGUGUCCUGCAGUCUUACUAGUCAGCCACAGUCCAGGUUCCAGCAACACUAGCUACCUACCAAACAAAACACUUUUGAGCUUUUCUUCCCAUUUGGUUGCCUGGGACCUGGAAAGUGUUUGGAUUCUAGAUAAAGAAGGAAAUGGAAGAGAAAGAAAAUUGUACAUGUAUAUACUAAAGAUCCAGACAUCAGGUCUGGGCACAGUGACUCAACGCCUGUAAUCCCAGCACUUUGGGAGGUUGAGGCAGGUGGAUCACUUGAGACCAGGAGUUCCAGACCAGCCUGGCCAACAUGGUGAAACCCCGUCUCUACUAAAAAUACAAAAUGAGCUGGGUGUGGUGAUACAUGCCUGUAAUCCCGGCUAUUUGGGAGGCUGCGGCAUGAGAAUUGCUUGAACCUGGGAGCUGGGGAUUGCAGUGAGCUGAACUCAUGCGACUGCACUCCAGCCUGGGUGACUGAGCGAGACUCUUCCUCAAAAAAAAAAAAAAAAAAAUCCUGA